AUGCAUCCUCUAAGAGUUCCACAUGGGGUCCUUGACACAAAAAGGAAAAUGGCAGCCAGGCCCUUCUCUGGGCUGUGGAAAGUCUCUGAUCCAGCUCUGUUACAAAUGACCUUGGUCGCUGGUCUGUUGGCUUCUGUUUUUGGAGACUGUGGUCCUCCACCUAAUUUACAGUUUGCUUCUCCAAACAAGUUGAAUAACAAAGACUUUAAAACUGGAACUACACUGAAGUACACCUGCCUUCCUGGUUAUAGCAGAAUCAGUUCAAGUUCAGUUACUUGUAAUGAUAGAGGCUCAUGGGACUAUCAUGUUUUUUUCGUUAAGAAGCAAUGCAGAAACCUAGAAGACUUACCCAAUGGGAAAGUGGAAGUUAAGACAGAUUUUCUUUUUGGUUCAACUGUAGAAUUCAGCUGCUCAGAGGGGUAUAUCUUAGUUGGCUCAGCUACUAGUCAUUGUGAGAUCCAAGAUAAAGGAGUUGACUGGAGUGAUCCUCUCCCUCAGUGUAUAAUUGUCAAGUGCGAGCCUCCUCCAACCAUCAGCAAUGAGAGGCAUAAUGGUGGAGAUGAAGAUUUCUACACAUAUGGCUCUUCUGUCACAUACAGCUGUGACCCUGACUUCUCAAUGUUAGGCAAAGCCUCCAUUUCUUGCACAGUGGAAAAUAAAACGAUAGGUGUCUGGUAUCCAAGCCCUCCUACUUGUAAAAAUAUAGUCUGUCACGGACCACGAGUUUGAAAUGGAAUCAUUCUGUCUGGAUUUGGACCCAUCUAGCACUACAAAGACUCUAUUCUGUUCAGCUGCAAAAAAGGUUAUAUCCUCAAUGGGAACAAUUUAAUCCGUUGUGAUGCUAAUAAUGAGUGGCAUCCUUCUCCUCCCACUUGUGAACUCAAUAGUUGUAUUGGGUUACCAGACAUUCCUCAUGCUGUCUGGGAUAGAAGAGACAACAAGCUAAGCAAUCAAGAAGUAUUUGAAGUUGGGACUGAGUUGAAAUAUCAAUGCAAAUUUGGCUACAGACCUAUUCCAGAUGAACCUCUGACUUUGACUUGUCAGGAAAAUUUCACGUGGACAGCAUCUAAAGGGUGUGAAUAUAUUAUCUGUCAUCCACCUCAAGUUCCAAAUGGAAACAUUCUCUCUGGAUUUGGACCUGUGUAUAAUUACAACGACUCUGUUCUGUUCAGUUGCAAGAAAGGCUAUAUCCUCAAUGGCAGCAAUUUAAUCCACUGUGGUGCUGAUGACGAGUGGCAUCCUUCUCCUCCCGCUUGUGAACUCAGCUUCCGCUCCGGUGGAAAACUGGGAAGCGGUGAAUGGGUCACCAGACAGCACUGGAAAGGCGUUACAGGCGGUGAGUUCCUGAUUGCUGAACAAGGUGUCUCAGAUCGCUGCUGGCACUGUGGGGUGGAUUUUCCUGACUAUCCUGGAGGAGAAUAUGGAUUGUGUGAUAGGCGAUGCUGCACCAGUGCUCAAAGUGCAGAGACUCUUGGAAGAACUAGAGCAAUGCAUAUUGGUGUCACCCUUGAAGAACCCAGCAUCUCUGACUGCGAGAUGGUAAGUGAUGGUGAUGAUGAACGUUAUAACACUGUGGGCCUCCACUUGGCAGCUAGGGCUGUGGUACAGCAGAAAGUGAAGUGUGAGCAGCCUAUGGCCCAGGGAGGGCAUCCUCAAGGGGCCCCCAAAGCUACUGAGUUCACCAUGUAUCGACCAUAUACUCAGGAGGAGUUGGUCAACUCGGAUUGUGAAUCCCCUCCUGUCAUUGCCCACGGACAACGUAAAAUAGUCUCUAAACUCUUUGCAUUUGAACAACAAGCUGUAUAUGAAUGUGAUGAAGGGUACAUUCUGAUUAGAGUGAACAGACUCUCCUGCGCUUUUUCAGGCUAUUCACCUGGAGCCCCUCAGUGUAAAACAUGGUGUGUGAAACCAGAGAUAGAAUAUGGAAGGUUAUCUGUGGAAAAGGUUAGAUAUGUUGAACCUGAAAGAAUUACUAUUCAGUGUGAGUCUGGCUACAGUAUGGUUGGUUCUGAAAUUAUCACUUGCUCAGAGGACAGAACUUGGUACCCGGAGGCGCCCAAGUGUGAGUGGGAGUAUCCUGAAUGCUGUGAGCAAGCAGUCACAGGCAGGAAACUCUUGCAGUGCCUCUCAAGGCCAGUGGAGGUGAAAUUGGCCCUGGAAGUGUACAAGCUGUCCCUGGAGACUGGACAGGAGCUUCAGCUCCUGGAGCUUCAGCUAGAGAAGCCAAACGAUGCCUCUUAGUGGUAAGCACUGUAAUGUUUCUCAAGAGAGAGAGGAAAACGUUUCUUGCUGCCUUCAUUCCAAUAUGGAUCACCUCAGUUAAUCACCUUUACCAUCUCUUUUAUACCACCAAUUUUGGUAAUAAUUAUCUAGAAAGGGUAAUUUUGUUAAUAUUUAGUGCUUU